GAAUUACGUAUUAUCCGCCAUUGGAUUCGUUCAUAACGUCGGCAUUCUUGAACGUCUAGUGUAUUGGUACGAGAUAGGUUCUUCAUUAGUCUCCAUUUUUGUAUAAAAAAAAAAAUUUCUAAGCGUAUAUUAGUAUCUCAAUAUACAAGAAAUUGUUUAUUUGUUGUGUUUACAAUUAAUUGAAGGUCGAAAAGAUGUUUGGACCAGGAGCUGCUCCAAUUGUAGUAUUAAGCCAGAAUACAAAACGAGAGACCGGAAGAAAAGUACAGAAAGAAAAUAUUCAAGCUGGAAAAGCAAUCGCAGAUGUUAUUAGAACAUGUCUAGGACCGCAAGCAAUGUUAAAAAUGCUAAUGGAUCCUAUGGGUGGUAUUGUCAUGACAAACGAUGGGAAUGCUAUUCUUCGUGAAAUAACAGUACAGCAUCCAGCUGGAAAAUCAAUGAUUGAAAUAGCAAGAACUCAAGAUGAAGAAGUUGGAGAUGGUACAACUUCGGUAAUUGUACUAGCAGGAGAAAUUUUGGCUACCGCAGAGCCAUUUUUAGAACAAAGUAUGCAUCCGACUGUUAUUAUACGAGCCUAUCGACAAGCUUUGGAAGAUAUGGUGACGAUUUUAAAUGAAAAAGUCAGUAUAGAUCUGGAUUGUAAUGAUCGUGAUAAAUUGAUCCAAGUGAUAAAUUCAUGCGUUAGUACGAAGUUUAUAGGACGUUGGAGUAAACUAGCUUGUCAGAUUGCAUUGGAUGCAGUUAGUACUGUAAUGUUGGAAGAAAAUGGCCGUAAAGAGAUAGAUAUCAAACAUUAUGCUAAAGUUGAAAAAAUUCCUGGAGGAUCUAUCGAAGAUAGCACUGUUCUUAAAGGUGUUAUGUUUAAUAAGGAUGUAACUCAUCCAAAAAUGAGACGUUCUAUAAAAAAUCCUAGGAUUGUUCUAUUAGACUGUCCUUUGGAAUAUAAGAAGGGAGAAUCCCAAACUAAUAUUGAGAUAUUAAAAGAUACUGAUUUUACACGAAUUUUGGAAUUGGAGGAAGAACAUGUAAAAAAACUUUGUGAAGAUAUCAUUUUAGUUAAACCAGAUUUAGUAAUUACUGAAAAAGGUAUUUCAGAUCUGGCUCAACACUAUCUUGUAAAAGCUGGAAUUUCUGCUAUUCGUCGUUUGAGAAAAAGUGAUAUUAAUAGAGUAGCAAGAGCUUGUGGUGCAACAGUAGUAAAUCGUACAGAAGAUCUUAGAGAGGAAGAUGUUGGAACAAAAGCUGGACUUAUGGAAAUCAAAAAAUUAGGGGAUGAAUACUUCUGCUUUAUUACAGAUUGUGAAGAUCCUAAAGCUUGUACGAUUAUUUUGCGAGGUGCUAGUAAAGAUGUACUAAAUGAAACUGAAAGAAACUUGCAAGAUGCUUUACAUGUUGCACGUAACCUUCUUUUAGACCCUAAACUAGUACCAGGUGGUGGUGCGGUUGAAAUGGCCGUUUCUCGACUUUUGUCUGAGAAAGCAGCAGGUCUUGCUGGUGUUGAACAAUGGCCAUAUAAAGCAAUUGCACAUGCUUUGGAAAUAAUACCUAGAACAUUAGCUCAGAAUUGUGGAGCUAAUACUAUUAGAACAUUGACGGCACUUCGUGCGAAACAUACUACAGAAGGAACAACUUGGGGUAUUGAUGGAGAGACAGGACAAUUGGUUGACAUGAAGGAACGUGGAAUUUGGGAGCCACUUACAGUUAAAUUACAAGUAUAUAAAACUGCUAUAGAAACAGCUAUUUUGCUCCUCAGAAUUGACGAUAUUGUCUCAGGAAGUAAAAAGAAGAAGUCUGAUAAUGAAGCAACACCCCCAAGUCAAGUGACCGAAGAAUCCAUGAAAGAUUAAAUUAUAUAGCUUUUUUUUUUUUUAACAAGUUUAAUUGCUUGCAUCUAAGUUUAAGAAAUAAUUAUUUCAAGUAGUAAUUGUGUCAUUGCAAUUUCAUUUGCAUAUUUGCACAAGAGCUGCUUCACCUUUAUGUAUACAUUUUCGUACAAUAAAAAUAAAUCUUAAUAAAUUA